AUCACGAGAGCCUACCACUCUGGGCCUCUAUGGGGUCGCGGGCCUGCAAUCCACUCUCCGCCACGAUUACACUUCAAGGAUAUCAUCCUCCUGAACUGAUUCGUUGCCUAACGGUGUCGCUUUGGUAAGGGCUAAGCCCGUCUGCCGACUUCGAUAUCGUCGCGUGGCGUGGUUCGGCUGUACGGAGGCUGUACGCAAAGCUGUAUAAUCCUGUGGGCUGAACGCUUCUGCAUCACUCCCUCAUCGCCAGCAUGUCGUCCGCGGGCGGUGGGAGCGCUGGCCAUCGCCACAAAUCAUUGGCUGAAGUGACUCGGCCGUCUCAGCAACUCUUGAGCAACAUUUCAAACACCGUGUUCUCGUUCUCUGCCCUCGCGUAUUUGUGGUCAACGAUUGGCUACCAGACUGCCUUCCGCGAGCCGUACGUCGUGCUAGUCGGAAACUUUCGUGAACUGGUCGUCGCGGCCAUCACUGUGCCCUUUCUUCUCCUGAAUCCCAUCGUCGGUGCUCUGUCGCAGCGCGACCGGACUCUGCGCACCGCACGCAUCCACAGCGGGAUACAAUGCAUGUCCUUCUUGACCUUCGGCAUCGCGACGUACCUCUUCACGUACAAGGCGAAAAUCCAGCAACAUCCGGGCCGCAUCGAUGUCACGCUCGUCUUCAACCUGAACGAGUGGGGACUCGUUGGCGACAUCGCCAGAUACGCCAUCCAUGUCUGUAUAGUGGCGCAGGCUAUCGCAGGAGUAGUCUCGGGCGUCGUGACACUAGUCGCCGUAUGCGCGCUCUACGUCGUAGCUCGGCGCGCGUCCCAACGGCUAACCGAGCUUGCCGAAGUGGAGAAGACAUUCUGGAUUGAGGAGGGGCCGCGCAUGCGUCUCCAGGCUCUCACUCCGUCGGGUCACCCUUGGCUGUCCAUCGUCCCGCCGGAGAUAGUCGACGAGAUAUGCAAGCAUCUCGGCGUCUAUCAUCUCCUCUUUGUAUGCCUAGUCGACAAACGUAUGAAUGCGGCUGGUACUCGAUGGCUUUAUCGUAGCGUCACGAUGAAGAAUGCCCGGCAGAGCGUCAAGUUUUUUCGCACGAUCAUCCGCUCGGAUGUCGCUGCGAAGUCAGUCAGGACGCUCGCGCUCGACCCUUCGAUGGGGCUCUUCAUAUGGGACUGGCUCCCCGCAUACCAUAAGCUGAUGGCCACCGCCAUGCGCAGGAUGGUCAACAUCGAGAACCUUCCCCUCCAAGCCUCCCGCAACCUCCCCCUCCUUUUAGCAGACGCCCACUUCCCCUCCUUACAACGCUGCGACCUUCACCUUACACCUGCCACCCCAGCCUUCCUCGCCCGCCACCAACGAUUGCGCACGGUCCACUUCCGCAGCGGCCUCGCCAACAACCUCAAUCACACGUUCUUCCACGACGAGUUCGCGCGCGGCUCUGCUGGCUUCUCGCGGCUGGAGAUCCUGACUUGUCCUAGCUAUGUCGCCGGCGCCAUUCUGCCUCAGCCGAAUAUCCGUAGCCUGGCGAUAGUCUGGAACGGGCCGACCAUGGCGCAAGACGCGCCAGAGGUUUACGCCAAAUUGUCCAUGCUCGACCAUACCCUCGAUGUUCUCCAUAAUAUCACCACCAUGAGCGAACUACCCACCCACAUCCGUGCGAUGAAGGACCGCGUUUUGCCACUUACGAAACUCAAUUUUCUUGUCACGGAUAUUCCAACGCGUCCGCAUCAGGAUGUCUUCUUGCAGUUCGAAGACGCGCUUCGUAGUACACCAUUGCUGAAGGUCUUGUAUAUCACGGGAGCGACCAGACGACCCGUCCUGCCCGACGUUGAUGCGCUAGACGAGGAACAGGACGUCGUCCAGGCGCUAUGCGUCCGCCGCCCUUCGCUCACGCAGGUCAUCCUCGGAAGCGGCACGAACUGGAUAGUAGCAGCGCCAAGCAUCGUCCUCCCAUCGUUCCCGCAGCGACCGCUAUACGCGGCGAUACCCGACAGCAGGCUCACCGCGCGCUGGGUCGAGCGCAGCGUUCGGUCAGGGCGCGUACGGUGGGACUACGUGCCGCAGGUCAUGGAACUCCCGUACGUGAACAGGCUCGAGCUUAUAGUGCCCAUGAUCUCCUGGGCGCUGCGGGAGCGGCGAUACUCGUAGCGACUGUGUCCUUGCGUAUCCAAUAUCACAUUCCACUGCGACAGCAGACGACGUGCCCGCCCCGACGUAAGUCCGCCCAACUCAGCCCCCCGACGGUCAGACGUAAAGCGGUAGGUGUCUCGCGAGACUAUGCCGUCUGGAGAAAGGGUCCAGCUGUCUUUGCAAUUCAUCCCCGAGCGUUUCGGAAGGAGAUCGCCGGUCGUGAAUGCAAUCUCGCAGGCAUUUUGCUCAAUGGAAAGGUUCACGCAGUUGUUAGCACAUAAGAAACCAUUCAGCUCAGAGGACGCCG